AUGAUUCCCCAUUCGGUUAGCCUGUACCGCCAAAGUGUAGUAUCACCAAAUUGGGAUGAAACAAAGAGGACUGGUGGGAGCCCCCUCCCCAGAGGCGAAGCCAAAGCCAAAAGGUGUGAAAAAGAAGAGGAAGAAGAAGAACAACAGAGCAGACCGAACGGGGACCAACGCAGCUUCAUAAAUGUAAAGCAUAAGUCGACGCCCGAAACGAAGGGAGGCAAAAAUGUGGAGCAAAUUUCAAUCAAAACGGUUUUUAAUCGCCAGAGAGAAAAAACGAUCCCGUGCAUUAACUACGACACUGAUAGGUAUUGCUUCAAAUUGGGGUGGUGGAAUUGGGGGAAACAGUCGAAGCUACUCGAAAAUAUAGAAAGGUGUAAGGAAAACAUUAAAGAGAAAUAUUAUAAAAAUAGGAGAGAGUGCAAACAUAGGUCCUCUACCAAUUGGACGAGCAAAUAUUUUACAAAAUUCCAACCGAAUGAAUACCUAUACAUCCCUGUGACGAACAAGAAUUAUUUUCGGAGCAAAAACUCCCUUAAGAUUAGGAGCAACCCAGUGAGCGAUUUCCACAAACUCAAUUUGAAACCUAUAACUGGGUUUUUGCAAUCUUAUGAAAAGGAAAAACAACGACGAAGACAAGUCCCCCGAGCAGUCAUUAGAGUAUCUACCCUUCCUUACGUUGUAGACGAUUAUAAUGUGAAGAGGGGGGAACCCAACAUGGGGGGGAAAACGGGGCUCAGCUUGGGGGAGGCAAAUAUCCUCCUUUCGGAGGAUGAGGAAUCCAAUUUGAAUGAUUCAUCAGGGUUUUUCGCCAAGGUCUCCAAAAAGAGUGCCCCAGGGGGGUACUCCCCCAGUGGGUACUUUCCCAAUAGACGUGCCAGCCACUCCAGUGGUACCUACUCAAAUGGUGAGAGAAACUCCAAGGGGGUUAUAUUCAAGUGCAGGACGAAGCAGGCUCAUCAAAUGGACAGCAGAAAGGGCAGCAGUGGAACCGCGCAUGGGAAGAGGAAUUCUAAAGCUAAAUUAUACAACGUUAGGCACUCCACAAAUGGGGGAAGGACACACGCUUAUAGACACUGCAAAGCGCACAGCGGUGGCGAAGAAUCGAAUUCGAAAGACGGGUUGGGCCAAAAGUGGGACCCCAAAAAAAAGACUACCGUGAAGGUAAGGCAAUAUAGAAUUCGCUCCAUCGAGUCGCUUUCUUCUGUGCACAGUGCCCCAGGGAGACCCCCCCAGGGGUGCAGCCCCCCUUUGGUGCGGCUAUCCUCCGGGAGCACCGAAAGAGGCAGCACAGGAAGUAGCGAAGGAAGUAGCGAAGGAAGUAGCGAAGGAAGUAGCGACGGAAGUAGCGAAGUUGUAGAUCCCCAUAAUGCCAAAUAUAGGGUCAAUUUAAAAGGUAAGAAAAGGGAGGAUUACCCACAGGGGGAGGAUCCCACACAUACCCCCCCAUCCCAAUGUAGCAACAAAUCAGAAGUGCGAAACAGUAGCAUGCGCAGUGGUAGCAGCUGCUAUAGUACAUCCUCACGGGGAACCCCAAAUGAGGCGCUUCAAAAGUAUGCCAAAAGAGACCCACAGAUGUGUACGACCCAGAGAAAAAAAGCGACAAAUUAUGGGGAGAAAAAUUCACCUAGAAGUUACAAGCACAUGGACGUAAGUAGCAAAAGGGAGUGUCCCGGAUACACGAUCAACCAUGAUACGCAUUUUAACAUGUACAGGGAAGGUUACACAAGUAUGCAAAGUGAAUUAGGAAGAGAUCGUCACGGAAUAAAAAAUGAUGGAAGCGAGAGGAGAGAUUCGUCCGCUGAUUCAGUUGGGGAAGACCCAUGCAGAAGGCAGUACUCUCCAAAUGAGAUAAACCAAGUGGAUUGCCCACAGCGUGAUAGCUACCACAGGGGAAAAAGAAAAAACAAAAAAAAACAGAGCUGUAAAAAUGACCAUCAGGUUUUUUACCCUCCUACGAAUGAUGGUUACUAUGAAGGGCAGCAUAGAGAUAGCGCCAACCCCCAGACACGUGAAAGGAAGGGGCACGAUGCCGAUUAUUUGGAAAAGCAGUACGAUGAGUAUUUUUGCGAUAAUUAGCAGGUGAGCAUGGAAGUAAUUAAUAAUGGCAAGUGUGUUGGUGGAUCACCGCAAAUGAACUCGCGCUGUAUGCGCCCUGUUGCUCAUGGCUCCGCACCUUAAAGGGAGAAGCGAACUUGGGCAGAAGCUUCCUUUUCGCGUCCCCCAAUUAGCCAAAGCGUUAUCGUGGAAGGGGUUAGCAUGAAAGCGGUUAGCAUGGAAGCGGUUAGUGGUUGGCACUAUGUUUUAAUCAGACGUUUUGUUUUCUCUCUCUAUCUCGAUUUUAAUUUAUAUUUUUUUUUAUUUUUUAUUUUAUUUUUUUUUUUUUGCCCUUUUCGCGCACACGUUCGUCACAUUAACGAUUAACCUGUUCCCAUAAACUGCC